AUGAAACAACUGAUAUCAAACCAAGAAGACGUACCCCAGGCGAAUUCAUUAAAAUUGGAUAAAACGCAAUUUGUCGAAGUGAACUCCGAUGAGAAGCUAUCGGAAAAGUCGCAAAACUGUGUGACGUGGAGUCAGAAGACUUUGAAAGCAGCGAAAAUUUCCAAAAUUACACAGGAGUUUCGUGAUUGUAAAGAGUACAAGCCGGAUGUCAAAACGAGCGUCUCGGAGAAAAUGUCUGAGAAAAAUCGCUACAACCACAUCGUUUGUGCCAACGAGAAUCGUGUCGUCCUGAAGGAUCGUGAUUCUUCGAACGACUACAUCCACGCGUCAUGGAUGGAAAUGCCAGACGGUGUGCAAUUCAUCUCCACUCAGGGACCCAUCAAAAAUACAAUCACCGAUUUUUGGCACAUGAUUUAUACGGAGAAGUGCUCGGUGAUUGUGAUGCUUUGUCAAUACGUGGAGGAUGAGCAAGAAAAGUGCCAGAAGUAUUUUUUGGAAAACGGCGGAGAGAAAGAGUACGGUGACUACAAGGUCAAGAUUGUCGAGAAGACUGUCGAGAUAUUCAGUCCUGUCAAGGUGACAGUGCUUCAGGUUCAGAAGAAAAACAGUUCCACCAAGCACUUGGUCCAUCACUAUUGGUACCACGAUUGGCACGAUCAGGUGGCUCCGUUGGAUCCGGCUCCGAUGAUCAAGAUGUAUAAGGCUGUGAUCAAAAAGGCCGGCUCCAAACCCAUCGUGGUUCACUGCUCCGCUGGCGUUGGCCGCACUGCCACCUUCGUCGGAAUCCAUCUUGGCUAUGUCAUGGUCCGUGAGAACGCUUCUGUGGAAAUGGUUGACAUCUUGAAACGUCUUCGCAAGAUGCGCCUGGGUGCGAUACAAUCGCAACUUCAAUACGUCUACCUCAUCAUCCUCAUCAUUCAUUUAUUCAUUGAAAACAAGAUUGUAAAACGGGACGAACUGUUUGAGACGUUGCUCAAAAAGUACGCGGAUGUGACUCGAAAAGUGACAAAAGCUAUCAUGGACGAAGAGGAACGGAAACAAAGGCAACGAAAGAAGGAGGAGGCAAAAGAAGCGAAGGAGCGAGAAAAGGAAGCGCAAUGGGAGAAGUUUAGGGAUCGAGAGAGAGAAACGAAGAAGGAGAAUGAUAAAGAGAAAGACAAGGAAAAGGAUACGAAGAAGGAGAAGGAGGUGGAGGCGCCUGCACUUCGAGAGGAUAAGAAAAAAGUGCCGGAACCGAAGACUUUGGAGUCACCAUCAAAGCCGAACUGGAAGAGGGAUCCACCAUUUCGUCCCAGCCGCCGUCCAUCUGCCAUUCUGGUCGAGGAGAAGACAUCUAGAGAAGGCGCGUCCAAGUACGAAGGAUCAAUUGCCGAGGAGCGAUCUCGAAAUCCAAAGCAGAAGAGUGUCUACAUGAAAUGGCCGACAUCGUCGAAAGAGAAGCGUAGCAAGCACGAGACGAACAAAACGAAGAUGGGAAAAAAGAAUACGAUGAGAAAGGGAGCCAAGAAGAAUCGGCCAACUUAUUGA